AUGGCGAAGGCGCCGAGGCAGAGGCCGAUGCCGCCGCGGUCGCCCACCCGACGGCUCCUCGGCUAUUGCGGGCUGAGCUGCGCGGCGGCGGCGUACGUGGGGAUUGACUACCUGCGGUACCUCUCGCCGACAUGGCACGAGCGGCUGCAGCCGGUGCUCUGGGCGGCGCUGGCGCUGGCAGCCGCCGGGCGCGCGCCGUUCUACCGCCACUGGGACGCCGAGCUCCGGGCCGCGCUGCCCUUCCUCGGCGCCAUCGUCUUCAUGCUCAGCGCCUUCCUCUGCGAGAUGAUCUCCGUCCGCUUCGUCUCCGCCGUGAUGGGGCUCCAGUGGCACGGAUCUGCUGCUCCACUUCCUGACACCGGCCAAUGGCUGCUUCUAGCUUUGAAUGAGAAACUUCCUGGAAGUGUUGUUGAUCUAUUGAGAGCGCAUGUUAUCACUCUUCACCACUAUUUGAUGUUAUUUAUGAUGCUCGGGUUCUCAGUGCUAUUUGAUUGCAUCAAAGCUCCUGGUCUUGGAAUAGCCACAAGAUAUAUGGUCACUAUGGCAAUCGGUCGGCUGCUUCGGACGGCAACUUUUAUCACUACCAUUCUUCCAUCUGCGAGACCUUGGUGUGCCGCAGGUCGAUAUCAAAUACCUGGGCAUCCUCAUCCCUGGGCACAAAAAUAUUAUGUUCCAUAUGCUUCUGAUUCACAUGCUAUUCGUGGGGUCAUAGACAACGACAUGGCUUAUGCUGAUGUUCAAUCUUAUCCUGGUGAGCAUAGACCUGACUGGGGUCGGAUGAGCUUCCUAGUAGAUAUUUUGAGGCCAACCCCUGGAGAAGGACCUCAAUGGUACCAUCUACUGAAAAAAGCCAGUGGAGGCUGCAAUGAUCUUAUGUAUAGUGGGCACAUGCUUGUCUCUGUUCUUACUGCAAUGGCGUGGACGGAAGCUUAUGGGGGCUGGAUCUCUGUUGCAAUAUGGCUUCUCGUCCUGCACAGCGCACAAAGGGAGAUACGUGAACGACAUCAUUACACCGUGGACUGUGUCGUGGCAAUCUACGUCGGAAUUCUCUUGUGGAGGAUGACUCGGUUCAUCUGGUCUGCUAGAGAUGCCAGCCGAGCUAGAAGGCUUGCGAAGCUUGAAGAGGUUCAGGGCAAACUAAUCCAUGCAGCGAAGGACUCAGACAUCGACGAGAUCCGUGAUCUGCUGAAGGAGGUUGAGCUAGCGGGCCAUGAAAAGAAGGGCUUCUCACAGAGGGCCAUCCUGGCCUUUGCCGCAGCCACAAUUAUGUUCACCCUUACUUGUGUUGUCCUUGCCCUUACUUUAACGAGCGACGGAUGAUUUUUCACUUGCUUGAAUCCCCUGAAAUAUACCCCUGGGUUACACUGUCGUUUACUGUAGUUAGAGACUACACAGUGUUCUUUCUUCCAGUAAACAUGUUUGAGAAGAAAUGUAAGUUCAGCUUAGCGGCAUUAAUUUGAUAUGUUUACAUAAUUGGUUCGAGUCA